GUAUACGUACUCAAGAAUAUUAAGGCAAAUGCCAUAUAAUACUACUAGUACUAUAACUUCUAAGACAUUGGUCAAUGUUAUCUCAUCUCCAAACAAUGGUAAAAAUUAGUUAAGGAUGGUGCUACAACUUAAACUGAUAUUCCUAACGUUGGUGUAUUGGAACAUAUUAAUUAGUUAUGCUGAUUGUCUAGUACAUGGUGAUUCACAAACAAAUAUGCUAUUGAAUGGAUGUAACAUAUUCUCCUAUACUGAUGCAAACAUGCGUCGCAUAUCCUAUGAAAACAUCAACGAAACUUUUCUAGAUUUGAGAAAUCAAAUUAGCAAUCAAAGCAAGCACUUUGCCACAUCACAACAACAAGCCAUAGAUGAGGUAAAAGUAUAUUCUAUGUUUCAAUGUAGAAAUUACCUCUCCAAAAAUGAUUGUGUUGCUUGCUUCAACACUGCUUCUACCGAAAUCAGUACCUGCGCUUCCAUUGGGGCUAGAUUUAUCUACGAUGGGUGUUUCCUCAGAUUCGAGACUGAAAUAUUCUACAAUCAAACAACACAACCUGGGAAUGGUAUGUUAUGUGGAAACAAGACUGCAAAAGAAGGCGCUGCAUUUGGAACAAUUGGACAAAAAGUGCUAAUGGAUAUCCAAUUAGCAACACCUAAAAUUAAAGGUUUUUUUGCAGCUACUAAGACACAAGUGACACCUGGUGGAAAUAGUUCAAUUUAUGCCAUUGCACAGUGUGCUGAAACAGUCACUGAAAGUGGUUGUUUAGAUUGUUUGACAGUUGGAUACAACAACUUGCAAGCUUGUCUUCCUAACACAGAUGGUAGAGCAUAUGAUGCAGGGUGUUUUAUGAGAUACUCAGAGACACCCUUUUUUGCUGAUAAUCAGACCAUUGAUAUCACAGCCUACUUGAAUCAAGAAACAAUUAUAGGUGGUGGUGUUGGAGGUUCAAGCAAUAAAUGGACCAUUAUAUGUGGUGUUGUUGGAGGUGUAUGUCUUGCUGUGAUCAUUCUUGCAAUUUUAGUUUGGUUACAAUACACAAAACCCAAGAGGGCUCCUAGAGGCAACAUAUUAGGAGCAACUGAGUUUAAAGGUCCAGUUAACUACAAGUAUAGUGAUUUGAAAAUUGCAACAAAAAACUUUGAUGGUGAAAAUAAACUAGGAGAAGGGGGCUUUGGUGAUGUAUACAAAGGUACUCUGAAAAAUGGAAAUGUUGUAGCAGUCAAGAAACUAGUUUUGGGAAAAUCAAACAAGAUGGCCCAUGAUUUUGAAAGUGAAGUAAAGCUUAUAAGCAAUGUUCAUCAUAGGAAUCUUGUUAAACUUCUUGGUUGUAGCAUUAAAAACCAAGAGAGAAUUCUUGUUUAUGAGUAUAUGGCAAACAGCAGCCUAGACAAAUUCUUAUUUGGUAACAAACAAGGUUCCCUCAAUUGGAAACAAAGGUGUGAUAUAAUUUUAGGAACAGCAAGAGGGCUGGCCUGUCUUCAUGAGGAAUUCCACAUUUCCAUUAUACAUAGAGAUAUAAAGACUAGCAAUAUACUCCUUGAUGAUAAUCUUCACCCCAAAAUUGCUGAUUUUGGAUUGGCGCGGCUUUUGCCAGGGGAUCGUUCUCAUCUAAGCACUGGAGUUGCAGGAACAUUGGGAUACACAGCACCUGAGUAUGCAAUCCAUGGUCAAUUAUCAGAAAAGGCUGAUACCUACAGCUAUGGAAUUGUAGUCCUAGAAAUCAUAAGUGGUCGAAAGAGUACCGAAGUAAAGGAAGAUGAUGAAGAUGGUGAAUACCUUCUUAAAAAAUCAUGGAAACUGCAUGAGAGAGGCAUGCACUUGGAGCUCGUGGACAAGGCCUUAGACCCUAAUGACUAUGAUGGAGAAGAAGUGAAGAAAAUGAUAGAGAUUGCUCUGUUGUGUACUCAAGCAUCAGCUGGAAUGAGACCAACAAUGUCUGAAGUUGUAGUCCUCCUUCAAACCAGAAGCUUAGCGGAGCACCUGCAACCAACUAUGCCUGUGUUUGUAGAAACGAAUCUUAGGUCUCGUGAAGGCCACUCUACCUCAACUGGUUCCUCUACGUCUAAUGCCACUGCCUCCUUUUCGGUUCUAUCAGCUCGAUGAUUAUAUGGAGCAGUGAAGGGACUUGCCAAAAGAUAACAAUAAACCAGAUGAGGGUUACUCUUCGUUAAUUCCAACUGUUCAUCAAUCAUACAAGUACAAAAGUAUUAUCUAAUGUGGUGUUCGAUCUGAACAAUGGAAUUCGAAAAUAGUAUAUAGAUAAACAGUUGCAGCUAUGUUUAUUUUGAAUUUAUUGUCUAUGUUUGUGUAGUUUAUUAGGUUUGUUCAUUAUGAAUUUGUUGUAAGCUAGUUAGUUUGUUACAAAGAA